AUGCAAUCGAUCGACGGCCACAGCGCCGCAUGCUGCAACAUCCCACCGGUCGUUUCAAAAGGAUAUACUCCUAAAGGUACCUACGAAACUAUUGGCGGUCUGAAAACUUAUGUUUCUGGGCCGCCAUCUGCGAAGAAAGCCAUACUGGUCAUCUACGAUAUCUUUGGAUACUAUCCACAAACCAUUCAAGGAGCAGAUAUCCUGGCUCAAGGAUCGGGGGAGGAAUAUCAAGUCUUCAUGCCGGAUUUCUUCGAAGGAGAACCAGCGAAGAUUGAGUGGUAUCCGCCUGUGACUGAUGAACAAAUGAAAUCACUCAUGGAUUGGUUUGCUCCGAGGAAACCAAAUAUCGCAAUUGAGAGAAUCCCGAGUAUCUUGAGGAAUAUUGAAGAGAAAUAUGGAGAGAAAAGUUGGGGUGCUGUGGGGUACUGCUGGGGCGGGAAAGUCAUCGCCAUCACAUCCGGUGCAAAUAGUCCAUGGAAGGUAUCAGCUCAGCUGCAUCCCGGUAUGAUGGAUGUAGAAGACGCGGGGAAGAUUGCGAUUCCUCACGCGGUGUUAGCGUCGGAGGAGGAAAGGAAAGAUAUGGAUGCUUAUGAGAAAGAGUUGAAGGUGGAGAAAUAUGUUGAGACGUUUAAGGAUCAGGUACAUGGAUUUUUGAGUGCGAGGGCGGAUUUGGAGGAUGAGGUGAAGAGGAGGGAAUAUGAGAGGGCUUAUGGGGUUUUGGUGGAGUGGUUUGGGAAAUUUUUGUGGUUGUCGUCUGGUGUACAUUAG